CAUGCAUGUGUUGCAAGGGACACGGAGGAGCGCGUGUGCGCACGUGACUCCAGCGGAGACAAACCCUCGCCCCUUCCUCCUGCCCUGCCCCCGCCGCGAGGAAAAGAAAAGGAAAAGAAGCAGAGACACCGGAGGUUAGGCGAGGGCCCACCCAGCCAAUAUCGGACUCGGAGCAGUUCUCCACAUUUCUCACUUAACUCACUGUACUGUCCUCCCUCCCUUCACAAGCAGACCGACCACCAAAACCCUUGCAAUGUCGAAUUCGUCCACCGCGAUGAGGGUCUUCAGAGGCUGCAGGGCCCUUCUUGCUCCGGCGCCCUCCUCUGCUGCUGCCGCAGCCAAGCCGUCGAAGGUCGCCGCCCCCGCCAAGCCGUCGAAGGCCGCCCCCGCCACCGCAGUUGCUGCCUCCAGCGCCCAGGAGAAGCCUAAGGCGAGGAAGAAACCGUCGCCCAGGAGCACUCCCAGCAGGCCCUCGGGCAUUCAGAAGGUGACUCCGGUGUCUCCUGCCCUAGCGGAGUUCCUGAAGUCCCCCGAGGCCUCCCGCUCCGAUGCUGUCAAGCAAAUCUGGUCUUACAUCAAGCUCCAUGACCUCCAGAAUCCGACGAAUAAGAGGGAAAUAUUCUGCGACGAGAAGCUGAAGAGCAUAUUCGAUGGGAAAGACAAAGUCGGGUUCCUGGAGAUAGGGAAGUUGCUGUCCCGCCAUUUUAUUAAGACAGCCUGACAAGUAGUAAGGGAGACGCCUCUCCUACCUGUGUCUAGAGAAGAUGUGCCCAUCCCCAACCAAGAUCCAUGUGUUUGAUCACUGACGUUGUGUUGGCUAAGACUUGCUUCUUCUUUUUUUCUUUUUCUUUUAUUUUUGUGGUAGAUGAUUCAGUGUCGGUGUUAGCGAACUCUGUGUGGACGUUUACAAAUGAUGCUAGGCAAAGAAAGUUUAGCGGCUUCCAUGCAUUGCUGUCUCCUGGUUCCCUGUUUGUUGCAAUAUCGACUCGGUGUGAGUAAUGCCAUUUGAAUGUCAUUUAGCCCCUUUAUGAUCUUA